AUGGAUGAUUACAAGAACCAUCUGAAACACAAAAAGAAGGACUUGUCUUUACAGGAGUUGAUAAGUCACAUGAAAACUGAGGAGGCUAAUCGUUUGAAAGAUAAGAAAAAUUUUGUUUCUUCUAUUUUUGUUAAAGUUAACUUGGUUGAACCUUCUUUUGCCUAUAAAGACAGGUACAAAGCCAAAGGAAAGAAAUUCAAAAACAACAGAUAUCACAAACACCCCAAAGGUGAUAAAGGGAAGAAUCACAAUGGCAAAGUGAUACUCUGUUUUGAAUGUGGAAAACCAGGCCACAAGUCAUACCAGUGUUGGAACAUGAAGGAUAAGAAACCUAUUAGUAAGCCCAAUAACGUUGCACCACAAGCCAAUGUUGUUGAAAAGGAAGAUAUAAUUGUUGUUGUGGUGGUAGAAGCAAACCUGUUGGAAAACAAGGUAGAUUGGUUGCUAGACACUGGUGCCACCAGACAUAUUUGCUCCAACAAGGCUCUUUUCCAAGAAUUUUAUGAUGCAGUAAAUGGUGAACAUGUCUUUAUGGGCAAUUCAUCCACAAUUAUGGUGCUUGGUAAAGGAAAAAUAUUCCUAAAACUUACCUCUGGAAAAACUUUAGCUUUGAAUGAUGUGUUGUAUGUUCCCUCCCUUCGUAGGAACCUAGUUUCUAGUAGUUUGCUUAAUAAGGUUGGUUUGAAACUUGUGUUUGAGGGUGAUAAAGUGAUUUUAGCAAAAAAUGGGGAUUUUGUGGGUAAGGGAUACUUGUCUGAUAAGCUGUUUAUUCUGAACUAUGUUCCUAUUAUUGCUAAUGAAAGUACCUUUAGUUGUGCUUAUAUUGUUGAACUGUUAGCUUAUGGCAUGGAGUAUUGUGAUGAAAAUGGUAUUAUACAUGAAUCUUUUGCCCCUUAUACACUUGAACAAAAUGACAUAGCUGAACAGAAAAAUAGGACACUGAAAGAAAUGAUGAAUGCUAUGUUAUUAAGUUUUGGGAUGCCUGAUGACAUGUGGGGUGAAGCUGUUUUGUCUGCAUGCUAUAUUCUGAACAAAGUUCCUCAUAAGAAACUAGAUAAAACUCCUUAUGAACUAUGGAAAGAUUCGUGUUUGAAUGAUAAUUUUAUUUAUGAAUCUAGAGAUGUUGAAUUCUUUGAACUUGUGUUUCCUCUUAAUAAAACGAUAACUGAAAAUGUUGCUUUGUCAAGGGUUGAUAUGGUAAAUGAAUCUACUUCUACUGAUCAUGUGAAUGAACUUAGAAGGAGUAAGAGGAAGAGAACUAAGAAUAUCUUUGGGCCUGAUUUUUUGACUGCGUUUAUUGUUGAAAAACCUCAUAAAAUCAAUGAGCAAUUUGUUUCUAUAUUUUUGAUUGGUGAUGAUCCUAAAACCUAUAAAGAGGCAUUAAGCUCUAUAGAUUCUAGCUUUUGGAAAGAAGCAAUUAAAAGUGAAUUAGACUCUAUUAUGAUGAACCACACUUGGGAUUUGGUUGAUUUACCUAAAGCUAUUCGAGGUUUGAUAAUUCAUCAAAUGGAUGUAAAAAUGGCUUUCCUUAAUGGAGACUUGGAGGAAGAAAUUUACAUGGACCAACCAGAGGGAUUUGUAGUUGCUGGACAAGAGGCCAAUGUAUGCAAGCUUAUAAAAUCUCUCUACGACCUUAAACAGGCACCCAAACAAUGGUAUGAAAAAUUUGAUCGUACUUUAGUAAACAAUGGGUAUGUUGUGAAUGCCUCUAAUUCAUGUGUUUACUCUAAAUUGUUUGGUUCUAAUUGUGUGAUUAUAUGUUUGUAUGUUGAUGACAUGCUCAUUUUCGGCUUUAACUUGGAAGUAAUAAAUGAUACCAAGACGUUUCUAAUUGCUCACUUUGAGAUGAAAGAUUUAGGUGAGGCAAAUGUUAUUCUUGGUGUCAAAAUAAGGAAAACUGAAUUUGGCUUUUCAUUAUGUCAAUCAUACUACAUUGAAAAGAUACUUAAGAAAUUUGAUUGUUUUGAUACAAUGCCUGUAAGAACUCCUUAUGACCCUAGCAUGAGUCUUAAAAGAAACAAUGAAGGUUAUUGUGAUGCAAACUGGGUGACAGAUAAUAAUGAAGUGAGUUCUACUAGUGGAUAUGUGUUCACUUUAGGGGGAGGAGCUGUUUCAUGGAAAUCUUCCAAACAGACCUGUAUUGCUCGUUCCACUAUGGAAUCUGAAUUCAUCGCUCUUGAGCUAGCAGGUCAAGAAGCUGAAUGGUUGAAAAACUUGUUAGGUGAUAUUCAAUUAUGUGGUCUUCUGUACCAAUAUCAUUGCAUUGUGAUUCACAAGCUACUAUUGGAGUUGCCAAAAAUUAUGUAUAUAACGACAAAAGAAGACAUAUUCGUAUAA